GACUGAUAUGUAUUUAAAUGUUGUAAGAUUUUUGUUUUGGUUUAAAGCUGUGUAUUUAUUUUUAAUUUAUAAGUCAUACAGGUUUAAUUUAUAUGUUUUUAUGUAUGUUUGUAAUAUUUUGUUUUAUGUUUUUCAAAUGUUUUUUUUGUAACGAUGAAAGUAUUAUGGCCAUUACAUUUUGAUAGUGGUGUCAUCUAAAUCAAUUUUUUUUUGGAAUUUUGGUAGUUGAUGUUGCGGCCCCUUUGGACGUUUUGACAUUCUCGACAGCUGACGGAUAGGGUUAGCUUUGCUAUUUGCUCUGAGCUGUAACAUACGAGGUUUAGUUCUAUUGACAGCUUCAAGUGCAACGAAAUUGUUGGUUGAAUAUGGCUGAUAAUAUGGAUCCGCCUCCGUUGUUUAAUAAUGUUAAUAUUGAUAAACGGGACGAUGAUACUGAGGACUUGUUUUCUUCUGCAAUGGAGGAUGUUGGCCGUUUGGAUGAGGACGAACAUGGACUCUUCAACGGACCCAGUGGAGGCCCUAAACUCCAGCUGUCUCACGAAAGUCCUCAGCUAGAAAAUGUACCCAUAGACAAUCCAUCAUCAGCACAACAUAAAGAUUUAGAAGAGCUGGAGAAGGAGAGCGGGGACCAGUUCCUGGAGGUGAGCGUGACCAAGCCCCAGAAGGUGGGCGACGGCAUGGGGGCGUACGUGGCCUACGAGGUGGCCACUCGCACCAACAUGCCCAUCUUCAAGAAACGCAACUUCACGGUGAUGCGUCGCUUCAGCGACUUCCUGGGCCUGCACGACAAGCUGGUGGACAAGUACCUGCGCUCGGGACGCAUCAUCCCCCCGGCCCCCGAGAAGAGCGUCAUAGGCAUGACCAAGAUCAAGAUGUCGAACCAGGCAGAACAAGGGUCGUCUGCGGAGUUUGUGGAGAAGCGACGUGCGUCCUUGGAGCGGUACCUGAACCGCACUGCCGCUCAUCCCAUCCUGAGCAUUGACCCGGACUUCCGGGAGUUUCUGGAAGCAGAAAUGGAGCUCCCAAAAGCAACGAACACUUCGGCCCUGAGCGGUGCUGGAGUGAUGCGAUUGUUCAACAAAGUCGGUGAGACGGUCAACAAGAUAACGUACAAGAUGGACGAGAGUGACCCAUGGUUCGAGGAGAAGACGCAGCAGGUGGAGAGCCUGGACGCACAGCUGCGACGCCUGCACGCCAGCGUGGAGACCCUGGUGCUGCACCGCAAGGACCUGGCGCUGCUCACCUCGGCCUUCGCCAAGAGUGCGGCCAUGCUGGGCAACUGCGAGGAGCACACGUCCCUGUCCCGCGCCCUCUCCCAGCUCGCCGACGUGGAGGAGAAGGUCGAGGCAUUGCACAACGAGCAGGCCAAUGCUGACUUCGCCAUCCUGUGUGAGCUGCUCAAGGACUACGUGGCUCUGUUUGGGGCCAUAAAGGAUGUGUUCCACGAGCGGGUGAAAGUGUACCAGAACUGGCAGCACUCCCAGCAGAUGCUGAACAAGAAGCGCGAGCAGAAAGCCAAGAUGGAGCUGUCGGGGAAGCAAGACAAGAACAACCAGGCAGGGCUGGAGGUGGUUGAGUGGGAAGCCAAAGUUGAACGUGGUCAAGAAGAAUUUGAUAACAUCUCCAAAAUGAUAAAGAAAGAAAUGGAAAGAUUUGAAGCAAACAGAGUAAAAGACUUCAAGGCUAUUAUCAUCAAUUACCUUGAAACACUGAUGACACAUCAACAACAGUUGAUAAAAUACUGGGAGCAGUACCUUCCUGAAGCGAAAGCAAUCGCAUGAAACAGUUUCAGUGUGGGUCAAGUGUGUCGGUAAAUCAGAAGGAUUGUGGAAGUAUCAUUCUUGCACUAUUGAAUUCCUGCAGACUGUUGUGAAAGUAUCUGAGCUUUCGAGAGUCUUCCUGGCACGGUUGGUGUGCGCGAGGCGUGCUGUGUGUUUAGUGGCUAGUGUUCCGGUGGAUGGGCGUGUUGCAAAUUGUGGAAUCGUGCAAGUAUUGCAGUACUGGAACAUCACAUGCCUGUGUGUUUUUGUGUCAGUGGCUGUCUAAUAUUUGACUAGGGUGUAUGUAUUUUUGUACAUUUUUGAUUUUUCUUAGAAAUAGACUUAUAAUAAUAUUACAUGUGUGUGUAUCUACUAAGAGUAUUUAAAGAUGAAGUCAAAAUAUUAAGGUUGCUACAACAAUCAUUAUGUAAAUUGUUUUGUAGUCUAUGAACUAAAUAUUAUGAAUUAUAUUUCCUAGAUAUACAUAUAUUGCACCCAAAUACUUUUUCUUCUAUCAAAAUGGUUUUUGCACAUAUUUCUAAAAAUAUAUGUUAGAUUUAAUUCCAGACAUAAACCUUGGAAUCUUUCAUAGGUAUGUGAAAGCUAGAAAUUAACUGAAGUUUCUGCUUUUCUGUACCUACACUGUUAUUUUGAUAUAUUGUAUUGUUCCUUAUUAUACCAUUGUAUUUUCUGUGGUGAAAUAAAUUUCAGUAUGUAUACUGAA